AUGUCGCUUGUCAGCACUCUCGUUCCUGUCCUUGUCUACGCUGUCGUGUGUGUGCUGGUCUUCUGGAUCCUGCGCCGCAAGAGCCACCGCGUUUACUCUCCACGGACCAUCCUCAGAAGCCUCUUUUCCCAUGAACAAAGUAUACCCUUGCCGAAGGGCUGGCUCGACUGGGUCAAGCCCUUCUGGAAUGAACCCGACACCGUCGUCCUGAAUCGCUCGUCUCUGGAUGCCUUCCUGUUUCUACGGUAUCUGAAGGUUCUUGCCUUAAUUUGCUUCGUCGGCUGCUGCAUCACAUGGCCGACAUUGAUGUCCAUUCACGCCAGUGGGGGCAAUGGACUUUCGCAGCUGGACCGCAUCACUAUUGGUAAUAUCAAGAACUCGCACAUAUUUUUCGCACACGCCAUCGUUGCCUGGAUCUUCUUCGGAUUCAUCCUCUUUACUAUAUACCGCGAAUGCAUAUACUACAUCAAUCUUCGUCAUGCCUAUCUACUAUCGCCAUACUAUGCCAAGCGGCUUUCCUCUCGUACAGUAUUAUUCAGCUGCGUACCUCCGAAGUACAUGGACGCUGCCCGCCUUCGCAAAGUCUUUGGCGAUACUGUCAAGAAUGUCUGGAUUCCUCGGGACACGAGCGACCUAGAGAGACUCGUCAAGGAACGAGAUGAGACUGCCAGACGGCUGGAGAAGGCUGAGAUUCGUUUGAUCAAGAUGGCCAACCAGCGUCGGAACAAGCAGUUGAAGGCUGCUGGUGUGGCAGUCCCUGAGACCGUCUCGAGUCCAACUUCGAGCGGGCGAUCCGAACAGUCUGAGGAUGCCGAGAAGGGGUACCCGUAUCACCUAAAUACGGACUUGCCAGAUGUCAACGGCUCAGUCGCUGCUCAAUGGAUCGGAGCCAGCGAGCGUCCAUACCACCGACCGUUGGCAAACUUCUUUCGGCGCGUCGACACCAUCAAGUGGACUAGGAAUCGCAUCAAAGCCCUCACGAAACAAAUCAACAAGCUUCGCCGAGGCUUCCUCAAAGGUGAAGGCCGUCGCCUGCCUGCCGCCUUCGUCGAGUUCUCCUCUCAAGCCGACGCCGAACGCGCUUGCCAGACACUCACUCACAACCGCCCACUGCACAUGUCUCCGCGACAUAUCGGCAUGCGACCAGACGAGAUUGUCUGGAGCUCGUUGAGGAUGCAAUGGUUUGAAAGAAUCGUUCGAGGCUUUCUCAUGCGGUCCAUCAUCGCUACCGCCAUCAUUUUCUGGUCCGUUCCAUCUGCUUUCGUCGGUGCAAUUUCGAAUAUCAAGUUUCUUGCCGAGAAGCUCCCUUUUCUGGCGUGGAUGGUACAUCUUCCGGACCCCGUCACUGGUAUCAUCAGCGGCCUGUUGCCUGCACUGGCUCUUUCGUUCCUCAUGGCCAUCGUGCCAUGGAUUCUAAGGGGAUGUGCUCGACUCGCCGGCGUCCCGUCGCUGUCUUUGAUUGAGCUUUUCGUUCAGCAUGCCUAUUUCGCAUUCCAGGUCGUCCAAGUCUUCCUCGUCACUACGCUCACUUCGGCUGCCUCGGCAGCUUUCACCCAAGUUCUCAAAGACCCCCUUUCGGCGAAAGAUCUGCUGGCCGAGAAUCUUCCCAAGGCCUCCAACUUUUACAUCUCGUACAUCUUAAUCCAAUGUCUAGCAGUCGGGGCUGCGUCACUGGUUCGCGCCUUUGACAUUGUCCGCCACAACAUUUUCGCCAAAAGCUUCGACAACCCUCGUGGUCUCUUCAGGAUAUGGCAGAGAGAUCGACCCAUUCACUGGGGAGCUGUAUACCCCAUCUUCACCAAUAUGGGCGUAAUCGCUAUUAGCUAUUCUUGCAUCGCGCCAGUCGUUCUUGGCUUCGCCACCGUUGGCCUGUAUGCCAUCUACCUUGUCUACAAGUACAAUCUGCUUUACGUCAGCAAUGUCUCCAUUGACACACGAGGUCUCGUUUACCAGCGGGCUCUAAUGCACCUUUUGGUCGGCUUGUACCUUGCCACGAUCUGCCUCAUCGGCCUGUUCGUCCUGCGCGAGGCAUAUGCCCCGAUGGUAUUGAUGGUUGCUUUCCUCAUCUUCACCGCCUUGGUCCACAUCUCCCUGCGCGAGGCUGUGUCCCCGUUGCUGUACAACAUUCCCCGAGCAUUGGCUCUCGAGAUGGAGGAGCUUGACGGCGUACCUACCGUUCUGUAUCCUCAAGACGACUUUCUUACCGAUGCCGACAUCAACAUGUCGUACCCCGACUUCAUUGAUCCAGUAGAUGAAAGCGAAGGCCCCGUCCAUGAGACCAACGGAACUCGUGGCCUUGAGGGUGCGAGAGGCUUCAUGGCUUCUGUCACCGACUGGUCCAGCGGUGCGCUGCUCAAGAAGGCCCAAGACACAGUGACCAAUUGGGGCAUGGCGGGCCCCCUGAGCUACAUCUCCCACUGGAUCUCCCCAGAUCCGUCCGUCGAGCCGAAUUUCCUCCUGCACUGGCUCCAUCCGGGCGUGUUCGACGAUUUUGCGACCCUUCGUCGCCUGAUUCCCAACGACCUACCGGACCCCACGGCAACGUAUCCUCCGGAUUAUGCUCGGCGCGCUUAUUGGCCGCCCGAAAUGGCGUCGCCGGCCCCAGUCAUCUGGAUCCCGCGGGACCCGGCCGGCGUCAGCCGUCAAGAAGUGGAGCACUGCCGGAAGGUUGUCGGGUGCACGGAUGAGGGCGCCGACCUUAAUGAUAAAUGUCGGAUUGAGGUCGAUUUGCAGAAGGCACCGUUUUGGGUGCCUCGUGUGUUGUAUUGA